GGAAACAAGCUUUUCUUUCUUGACUUUAGCUAUUUAGAUACAUUUGCAUUGAAAUAGUCGUUAAAAAUGUCUGAACCUUAUGAUCCUUAUAUUCCAAACAAUAGCCAACAAGGCGGCAAUAAUAAAACUGCCAGAGUACAACAACAAGUCGAUGAAGUGGUUGGUAUUAUGCAGGAAAAUAUUGAUAAAGUCAUGCAAAGAGGUGAAAGACUGGAUGAUUUAAGAGGAAAGACAGAGGAUUUACAAGCUACUGCUGGUCAUUUCCGACGUGGUGCCAAUCAGGUUAGAAAGAGAAUGUGGUGGAAAGAUUUGAAAUGGAAGAUCAUCAUUGCCGUUACUAUUCUAGUCAUUCUUGCCAUCAUUGUUGGUGCCGUAGCUGGUACACAGACACAUAAGACUGAGAGUAGUGCUCCUCCUGCUGCUCCUGCUCCUGCUCCUGCUCCUGCUGCUGCUCCUGCUAACACCAAUACAAACACCAACGCCAACACGGGCAAUAAUAACGAUCAACAAAGUAAUACUAUUUCCAACAACAAUAAUCCAGGCUCUCAACAAUAAACCGGCUUAUUUUUGUUAUCCAAGUAUAUUAGUAUUAAAGCAGCAUUUUAUUCCAGCCUUGAACAUCUAUUUACGACAAACACUGCUUGUACGAUACCGACUUAAGGAACAUCAUACUAUAUAGUAACUAUUACGUGCAAGUCUUACGAUUUUAACAUAUCACUACCAAGCCAACAAUAUACUAUUCUAGCCAUCUAUUUUAUCGUAAAAACAUCUAAUAUUGAAAUAUUUAAACAUUUUUAUAUGGUAACAUUAAAUAAUAUGAUUUAAGAAAAAAAAAAA